AUUUAGGAAAAUAAUUAUCCUAUCCGAGUUCUCACUAUAGUCUAUUAAUAAAAAGAAGUAUUAUAAUAAUCACCUUAUCUCCAAUUUAUUUUCUAGGUGCAAUUUGCAUGCUAAUAUCCUGGUUAACUCUAAGCUGUCGUUUUGUUCCCGAUAGCAGUGAACUGCACGAGGUAAUUCUGAUGAAGCUUUUAUACCUUUACGAUCCAGAAGCCUGUGGAAGGAUCCACUUCUAUAACUUCACAAUGGCUAAACAAGAAAAUACAAUCUUUUCAACUGUCAUGUGGCCAGUUAGAAAUCCUAUAGCAUCUAGAUUUAGAAGUGCAAUGCGAAUCUGGUUGUCGCUUCACAUCAUCUGGCUUGCUUUAAGUAUUGUGAACCUCACACACGCAAGAAGACCUUGUGGAUUCUACGCUGUGGUGGUACCCUUCACAUUAACCGGCCUGGCUAUGUUGGUGACAGACGUGGUCUUUAUGGCCAUGUUCAUAGAGGAUAUUGCAAAAACCGACACCGAAAUUGGCAUUUUGGAGUUUAUGAACGGUGGCGGUAAAAACCUCAGAUGGAUUGUGAAGAAAUAUCCAUGGAAGACGAUGCAGGAGCUUGGUCAAUCUCCUUUAGAUGAUACAUCUUGGAUAGCACUAAUUUUUGCUUUCGGCAGCUGCAGAGGAAUUGUGCAAUGGAUACUGAACUUCUGGCUCGUGAAGGAUAACUAUUUUGCUGGGCUAGAUUAUCACCGUAAAUUACAAAAAGAAAUAAGCGUGCGACAUGCUCGUGUUUUAAAAAAAUAA